AUGGCGUCAAUGUUCAAGGACGCAGAAGAAACCAGCAGCGUAGGUAUCCUUGCACAAGCAUGCACGGAGCGAUCGGCGGACCUCGAGCUCAGGGAGCUCCGGUACCGUGUGCUCAUCGACCAACUCAAACGCUGGCGCCUCGGGCGCCUCAGGCUCGAGCGCAGGGAGCGUGAGCCCAUAAACCGCGAGCUCACGGACCUCAACUUGGGAAAGCCACGAAAGCAUUCACAUUUGCAUGAGAAUCCUGGCAACUUCGCCCAACCCGCCGAAAGGGCCGGAGCGGAUGGGAUUGCGAUUGAAAAGUCCCGACAAAGGCCAGAGCCAGCGUUGCUAGGACAUGACCCCCCCGAAUCCGAUUCCAAGUCCUAG